AUGCUCAUCGCCCCGCAUCCGCCCCGUCGCCCCGCAUCCACGCCUCCGUCCCGCAUCCACGCCGCCGGCCCAUUGCCCCGCCGGCCACCUCGCCUCCGGCCCGCCGCCCCGCAUCCACGCCGUCGCCCCGGCUCCCUCGAUCGGCCCCUAUUCCGGCCGGCGGGUUCUCUUCUCGAGUGGAAGGAGCGGGUGGACAUCGCCAUCGGCACGGCGAGAGGGCUCGCCUACCUCCAAUUCGGGUGCAACCAGAGGAUCAUCCAUUGCGACGUGAAGCCGGAGAACAUCCUGCUCGCCGACGGCGGGCAGGUGAAGAUCGCCGACUUCGGGCUCGCCAAGUUCCUGACGCCGGAGCAGUCCGUGUUGUUCACGGCGAUGCGGGGCACACGCGGGUACCUGGCGCCGGAGUGGCUGACCAACACGGCCAUCACCGAUCGCACGGACGUGUACGGCUUCGGCAAGGUGCUCCUGGAGCUGGUGCACGGCCGCAAGAACCGCAGCGAGCACGUGAGCGACGGCGGCGGCGGAGAGGACACCAACUCCUCGAAUGGCACGGCGGGAAGCUCAUCGCGCAGCGGGAGGAACGACUACUUCCCGCUGGUGGCGCUGGAGGGGCACGAGUCCGGGCGGUACGCGGAGCUGGCCGACCCGCGGCUGGAGGGGCGGGUGGUGGGCAAGGAGGUGGAGAGGAUGGUGAAGGUGGCGUUGUGCUGCCUGCACGAGGACCCGCACACGCGGCCGAGCAUGGCGGUGGUCGCCGGAAUGCUCGAGGGCACCAUGGAGCUGGGCGAGCCGCGCGCGCAGGCGCUCAGGUUCCUCCGCCUGUACGGCCAUGGGUUCGCCGGGCCCUCCGACGGCAACGUCAUGAAGCAGGUGAUGGUGGGCGAUCGCGCCCGGUCGGAGACGACGAUGAGCGGGUGGCCGUCGUACAUGUCCUCGUCGCAGCUGUCCGGCGCGAGAUAA